AUGUCCGCUCGAAUUCCCGUCACUAAGGCCUCGGCUAUGUUCGCCCGCCGCCAGCCCCAGGUCAUCCAAAUCUCCAAGCGCAUGCAAUCUACCUCCGCUCCUCAAUUCCACAAUCCCGCCUACCCUCUCUACCCCUCCGUCAGCCAGCUCCUGCACCAAAAGAACAUCCCCGAGUCCGAAGUUUCCAAGAUCCCCGCUUCGGGACCCAAGGGCCGCCUCCUGAAGGGUGAUGUCCUCGCCUACAUCGGUCAGAUCGCCGCCGAGUACCCAGCCACUCAAGCCGCUUCACUCGCCAAGCUGUCCUACCUCGACCUGAGCAACGUCAAGAUCGCUGCGCCGGUCCCUCCCCCGCCGCGCAGGCCGCAGGCUAAGCCCCCGCCCAUGAUCUCAAUCGCAAUCUCUGUUUCCCUUGCGGCCGUCUUGUCCGCCCAGAAGAAGAUCCAGGAUAACCUAGGGGUUACCGUUCCCCUCUCCAGGUUCCUGGCUGUGGCUACUGACCUCGCCAACGACGAUCUGCCUCGCGCGAAGAACGACACUCCCUCUGCUGAUGAGCUGUUUGAGGAGGUCCUUGGUGCCGAGCCCGUUACUAUUUCGCGCGGUGACUACAUCCCCGAGUUGAAUGCUUAUGAGGCUGAGGCAUACCGCCCGGCAGCUCCUGUUGCCGAGGAUAUCAUUGAUAUCCUGAGUGCCAAGCCUGGCAAGAAAGUUUCCUCCGUGGCACCCUCUGUUGAGAGCUCUGCUGGUGCUUCCAAUGUCUUCAGCUUAAUUGUUCCGGUUGGCGAGGAGGUGCGCGCCAAAGAGUUCCUGGAGCGGAUUAAGACUCUUCUGCAGGUCGAGCCUGCUCGUCUGGUGCUUUAA